AUGUUUCAACUUCCACUUCAACCCAUCAACCUCGCUAAUCACCAAAAUAUUGCUGCACAAAACAACAGCAGCAGCAACAACAACAAUAUUCCACCAGCUCCACCAUUUCAAGAUAAUAGUGGUCGUGAUCGUGUUAGACGUGGUGGUUUUGGUGGUCAUCUUCGUCGUGUUGGUCGUGGCUGUGCUCGAGGUGGUUCUGGUGAGGUUGGUGGUAUUAGUAAUGGUAACAAUAUUCAAACUCGUCGUGCUACAUGUUAA